CGUGCAUGCAUUCUCUACGUGACGAUUGUGACCUCGCCAGGCAAGAUGGAUUCCGCUGCCGCAGACCAAGCCAAAAGACCUCGGAUAGGACAGUCAGCUUUUGCUGCCAUCGAACAAGCCCCACCAGUAGCUGUUUUUAAACUUAUUGAGGCUUUUAAGGCAGAUCAAUGUCCGGAUAAAGUCAAUCUUGGACCUGGUACAUACCGUACUGAUGAGAGCAAACCGUGGGUUCUACCCGUCGUGAGGAAAGUAGAGGCAGAUAUGGCGGCUGAUCAUACAUUAGAUCAUGAAUACCUCCCCAUUGCUGGUCUUGCUGAGUUCACCUCUGCAGCUACCAAGAUGUUGCUUGGAGCCGACAGUCCCGCCAUCAAGGAAAAUAGAGCUAUGGGAUUUCAAGCUCUCAGUGGAACAGGAGCUAUCCGUCUAGGAUGCGAGUUUCUGUCUCAGAGGGCAAACUACAAAACCAUCUAUGUUCCUGAACCAACAUGGCCCAACCACAUUGGUAUUGCUCAGAAUACAAACUUUGAGGUGAAGAAGUACAGGUAUUACAAGGAGUCUACUAGAGGUCUGGAUCUAGAGGGCAUGCUGGAAGAUCUCAAGGGAGCUCCAUCUGAUUCUGUAAUCGUUCUUCAUGGAUGUGCACAUAACCCUACCGGUGUGGAUGCUUCCCAAGAAGACUGGAAACAAAUUGCUGAGGUUCUGAAGACCACAGGAGCAUUUGUCUUCUUUGACUGUGCAUACAUUGGCUUUGCAACAGGCAGUGUAGCCAAGGAUCGCUGGCCAGUACAGUACUUUGUAGAACAAGGCUUUGAAUUCUUUGCUGCCCAGUCUUUCUCCAAGAACUUUGGUUUAUACAACGAGCGUGUUGGAAACCUGACUAUUGUGUUGAGCAACCCAGACCCUAAACCUCGCAUCAAGUCACAGCUGGAGAAACUCGCAAGAGCUCUAUGGUCCAAUCCACCCAAUCACGGUGCUCGCAUCGUUGCUACGGUAUUGAGUAACCCUGCUCUCAAUCAGGAGUGGGAAGGGCACAUUCAGACUAUGUCGAACCGUAUUGUGGAGAUGAGGGAUCUACUCUACAGCAAACUGAAGGAGCUAGGUACACCCGGUACAUGGACCCAUAUCACCAAUCAGAUAGGCAUGUUCAGCUACACAGGACUAGGACCCAAGCAGAUGACCUUCUUGAAGGAGAAAUACCACAUCUAUGGAAUGCAGUCUGGCCGUAUCAACAUGUGUGCUGUCACCACAAAGAAUUGUGAUUACGUUGCCAAAGCAAUCCACGAGGCUGUUACCACGGUGACCGAAGACCCGAAGCUGUAAGCAAGACGUCAAAGGUGCCAAUCCAGACCAAUAUACUUUGGAGUCGGUGUGCAUGGAUUAAGAUUGAAUUGGACAGCAUUCUAGAUAUCAAAAGACAAUGGAGGAAGAUAGAUAUAGGAGCAUUUCAUGAAAAAAAAUAGUCAGUGAUUUUUAAUUAGUAUUGUUAUAAGCUACUGUUACAAAUCACUGCAUCUGAUUGGCUGAGAGCACAUUAGUAAAUGAAAAUCAAUGACAAAGCAUUUCAUGAAAUGCUCCCCAGAAUAAUUAAAUGGGAACAGACAGUGUGUACCUCAUUAGAAGUGUACCUCAUUAGAAGGGAUUUUGUAACUUCAAUUUUUGCUACAUUGCUCUAUUUGGAUCAGCACAUUCAGUAUGGUGGGAAAAUGAAACCCUGUGGGAAAGCACACUUUAUAAUAGGAAAGAUUGAGAUAAUUUUCAUCAUGAAAAGUAAAACUAUAAAAAAAAAACAUACACCAUCCUCCCCCUAUCUUCCAUAAUAUACAGUGUAUUGUUAAAUUAAAGCUAUGAAAUGCUAGUGGGCAAAUGAAAUAUUCAAUCAUAUCUUGAUGUAAUAUUACUUAUUUCAAAAUAACUGUAUAUCAUGCUGGAAUAUUACGAUUUAAUGCUGAUAUUAAAAAAUUGAACUAUUUCAAUGAAGCCAUUACAAAGUUACAGAAUCCCUUUUAUUUUUCUCUUAUACUGCCAUUGUAUUGUAUCUUCCUGUUAUGAAUUUUGACUCUCAAAUCUUAAUACGGUACCUAUUAAUGCAUGCUUGUUGUGUUAGAGCUAAAGUUCUGUGUGCCAUCAAACAUGAUUGUGUAACAAAUCUUUCAAAGAAAGGAGUUUCAUAAAUGUCACCUAUUUCUUUUCCUUUCUCUUCCACUUCCUCCACUUUGACUCUCGGUGUAUUUUUCUGUAAUGAUGCACACAUUACAUUCUAAUAUAUUAUCAAUAGCAGCUAGGUCUAUGAGACCAAAAACAAGUCAUAUCAGAUUUUAUUGAAUUUAAAAAUGAAUAGAAUACAUUAUGAAUGAAGCCAGCUGCCUUUAUAAAGUACUUGUGUGUAUGAUUUUAUGCAGAUCUGGGUCAGUAUUCAAUUCAAUAUAAAUAAAAUAGCUUGAGUUAUUGUCAAUGUUAAAACUCACUAAUGAAUAUUGAUUAUCAUGACAUCACAUUGUCAUUGCAAAACAGUCCACAAGUAUAUUCUGUGUAGAAUAUUCUCAGAAUGACUCCUUAUCAUUUGCUCUACCUGCUAUUUAAAGCUUGCCUUGAAAAAAUGUUAAUGUAAAUUCACUUGGGCAAGUUGGGCUUGGGCACUUGAAUAUUUCGAUGAAAUGCUAAGCAGAAAUCUUUAAUGUACCUAUAUUGAACAAGAAGGGUGUUUUUGUUUUUCUGACUUUAAUAUAGUGCAUUGCAUAUUGGCUUCAGUAUUCGCCCAGAUAACUGAAACAUUUAAUUCCUUUCUAAGUACAUGUCCUACCCAAAACAAUAUGAAGAUGGUUUGAUGUUUCAUGGGUGAAAGGAAUCAACUACAUAUUUUAAGAAGAAGUAUUUUCAACUCAUUUGAAUUUAACAGAAAUUAAACUUUAAAGUGGCAUUCAAAUUCCAACAUACAAGGUUUAUUUUGAAAAUCACCUCUUUAUUUUGUGCUGUACUGUCCGUCCCAGUUAGCAUGUAUUACCUCAAUAAGUACAUGGUAUUACAGAAAUACAUACUUGUAUAUUUAAGUAUACAUAAACAGAUUUUCUCUAACACCCUCUCUCCCUCCCCCUAAGAAAAAAGAUUUAUUUCCAAAUAUGAAAUGUGAAUGUAUGAUUAAUCACUUCUCUUGGCAGGUUUUCUUUGCACUCCACUCCUACCCAUGACAUUAUCAGCAUUCAUUAUAUUUUUAUUAAUAAAAUUGUUCAACUUGAGUGUGGAAGUAUAACAUUGCAAAACAAUCACUUUGUUAUUAUUUAAACGGGGCAUUCAUUGCAUACACGGAGUAUUUCAAAUAUUGCCUAAAUAUUGAAUGAAUUAAGAUAGUUUUAACUUAAGUAUUGGACAAUUUUAUGAAAUACUUUUAUUGCAAAUACUUUUUUAUCAUUGGAUACCAAAUAUGUGAAGAAAUUUAAAUAUUCCUUGUAAUUGGAUAAAUUUGUUAAAUUAAGGGAACAAUAUACUUGUAUUGUUAAUACUGCUUAUGUGGUGUAAUGGAAAACCUUAUGUCUAAACAAAUACUGUUGAUAUUCAUGAUGUGAAGUGGUUUGAUGCAGUCUGAAAUACAUAUUAUUGUAGAGUAAAUCAUGCCAAUGGACCUUGAUUUACUCUCCUUGAUUCAGGGCACUCUUUUGUGAUAAUCUUGUUAAUUUGAUGUAAUAGGAUGAUUGCAAUAAAGGGUAAUGCGCGAAUCUAA